AUAUGUGUAUAUAAAUAAUACAACUCGCAACUCAAUGUCAGUAAACUGAAAUAUCAAGUGUUCAAAGUGCGUGAAAAAAAUUCAAUAUAUAUAUGAGAUAAAAGUGUCGUGGCGUCUCCAGUUUCUAUUUUGUUGAUGCGAUACAUCGGUCAGCAGCGGCUGAGCUGUAAUCCAUGCCAAAAUUCAAGACUGCUAACUGGAAUUGUUUCAUAACCUAUAACAACAUCAACAACAACAACAAAGUGCUGCCAGCAACAAGAACAACAAAGAAAUUAGUCCCUAAUGCCAGGAAUUUUUGAGACAAAAAACAAAAACCAAACAAAUAUGCCAAAUACUCAUGGAAUUGUCAUUAAGUGCUAAAAAGCUAAACUAAAAGAUGUGGCAAAUGCAACAUUGAUCGUAUAUACAUACAUUAACCACAAGAACUGCAUCACCAUCCAACGGAAAGAGCAGCAUCCAACCAAAACCAACAUCGAGUAUAGUUCAAAUACAACUCCCUCGAGUAGAUUGAGUGCUGCUGUAAAGCAGCACAAUAGCUGCCAUUAAAAUAGACGCCGCAGUGCAACAACAACGCUGCCGUCGUCAUAAUCAACGCCAGCGCCAGCAUCAUCCACAUCAUCGCCAUCGUAGACGACGACGACGCAGUAGUAGCAGCACCGGCAAUACCAACAGCAACACCAACAGCAACACAAAUAGCAGCCAAAAUCAGAGCCUGUUAGGCGUUGUGGGUGUGGCAACAAAUUGUUGCCCUUUGCUGGCCAAUCAACAGCGAAUCGAAGAUAGCGGCAGUGGCAACGACGACGACGGCGGCGGCGGCGGCGGCAGCGGUGGCAGCACAACUACAUCAGCAACUAUAAGCCAACAGCAACGAGUCCGACGACAACGCCGCUCUCAAGAUCUGUCAAGAUUUGUGGGCAAUGCAACGUUUUAUGCAGCAACGGGUUGGACCUGGCCUAAAAUGGGAAGCGUGCUAUUCGCAACAGUUAUCAUAGCACUACAUUUUGCCACCGGCGGCCUGGCCAACCCAGAUGCAAAACGCCUCUACGACGAUUUACUGAGCAAUUACAAUCGCCUCAUCCGGCCUGUUGGCAAUAACUCGGAUCGUUUGACUGUUAAAAUGGGUCUGCGACUGUCACAGCUCAUCGAUGUGAAUUUAAAAAAUCAAAUUAUGACUACCAAUGUAUGGGUGGAGCAGGAAUGGAAUGAUUACAAAUUGAAGUGGAAUCCCGAUGACUAUGGUGGCGUGGAUACAUUGCAUGUACCCUCCGAGCAUAUAUGGCUGCCGGAUAUUGUGCUCUAUAACAACGCUGAUGGCAACUAUGAAGUGACAAUAAUGACUAAAGCAAUUCUUCACCAUACAGGAAAAGUUGUGUGGAAACCACCUGCCAUUUAUAAAUCAUUUUGUGAAAUUGAUGUCGAAUUUUUUCCAUUCGAUGAACAAACAUGUUUUAUGAAAUUCGGCUCUUGGACUUAUGAUGGUUAUAUGGUUGAUUUGCGUCACUUGAAACAAACUGCCGAUUCGGAUAACAUUGAGGUUGGCAUCGAUCUGCAGGAUUAUUACAUUUCCGUCGAAUGGGAUAUUAUGCGUGUGCCAGCGGUGCGAAACGAGAAAUUUUAUAGCUGCUGUGAAGAACCCUAUCUAGAUAUUGUAUUUAAUCUAACACUGCGACGCAAAACUCUAUUCUAUACCGUUAAUUUGAUUAUACCCUGUGUGGGUAUAUCAUUCCUAUCGGUGUUAGUUUUCUAUCUGCCCAGCGAUUCUGGCGAGAAAAUCUCAUUGUGUAUCAGUAUUCUGCUAUCGUUAACCGUGUUUUUUUUGCUGCUUGCCGAAAUUAUACCGCCGACCUCGUUGACAGUUCCGCUAUUAGGAAAAUAUUUACUAUUCACUAUGAUGCUGGUUACGCUAUCUGUUGUGGUCACCAUUGCGGUGCUCAAUGUGAAUUUCAGAUCACCUGUAACACAUCGAAUGGCUCCGUGGGUGCAACGUAUCUUUAUUAAAAUCCUGCCUAAAUUGCUUUGCAUUGAGCGGCCAAAGAAGGAGGAGCCCGAAGAGGAUCAACCGCCAACUGAAGUGCUCACCGAUGUGUUUCAUUUGCCGCCGGAUGUGGAUAAGUUUGUCAACUAUGAUACGAAACGUUUCAGCGGUGACUAUGGCAUACCAGCUUUACCGGCCUCUCAUCGCUUCGAUUUGGCAGCAGCGGGCGGCAUUAGUGCCCAUUGCUUCGGUGAACCGCCGUUACCUUCCUCACUGCCACUGCCCGGUACCGAUGAUGAUCUCUUUAGUCCAUCAGGCGGCCUGAAUGGUGAUCUUAGCCCUGGCUGUUGUCCAGCCGCUGCUGCUGCGGCGGCGGCGGCUGCGGCAGCAGCAGCUGCAGCUGCCGAUCUCAGUCCCACAUUCGAGAAACCCUAUGCCAGGGAAAUGGAAAAAACCAUUGAAGGAUCUCGUUUUAUAGCCCAGCAUGUGAAAAACAAGGAUAAGUUUGAAAGCGUCGAAGAGGAUUGGAAAUACGUUGCAAUGGUUUUGGAUCGUAUGUUUCUUUGGAUUUUCGCAAUCGCUUGCGUGGUCGGUACAGCACUAAUUAUAUUGCAAGCUCCAAGUCUGUACGAUCAAUCGCAGCCGAUUGAUAUACUUUAUUCGAAAAUUGCCAAAAAGAAAUUCGAAUUACUGAAAAUGGGCAGUGAAAAUACCUUAUAGCGUCCACUUGGGUUCGCAGCGGGCUGGUGGAAUUUAAUCAUCAGCUCGUUGCGAACCCUGUUCGCCGCUCGCGACGAUGAUCGUGGAUAAUAUACAAUAUCCAGCAAUACCAUCAGCACCAGCAGUCUGUCAGCAGCAUCAGCGUUGUACAACACUAAUAGCACGAGCAUGAGCAGUGUUAACAACGAUAAUGUGACUGAAAAUGCAACCUCAUGGUAUACAUAGUAGGUCCCAAGAGCGAAGCGAACAUUGCGAAAUAAUAACAUAAAAAUCGAAAAGUCAUAAGAAAGUGAAGAGAAAUACUUGGAGUUGUUUGGAGCAGUUGAUCAAAAAUAUGUAUGUAAAAUGUAGUAGUGUUGAUUAACCGUGUGGCAAGGAAAAAAGGAAAAUAAAAACUGUGUUGGACAGAACAGCAACCAAAGCCAAGGCAAAAAUUUAGUUAGUAAGUUUUUUGAUGUGUAUGUAUGAUGAUGAUUGUGAUUAAGGUCAACAUCCAAGUGUUGGUAGUGGUGGUAAUCGACCAGUGUUGUAAAAAUCGUAUGGAGUUUUGUAAUUUGUAUUAAAAUUUUGAGCGCCAAAAAGUUCCUUGUUGAGUUUUUAGUUUUACGGUACACACACACACACACACACACAG